UUUAAACUCUACGUUCUUGAGCGCUUAAAGACUCCCGAGUUGUUAUGAGUGUGUUACCGAAACAUCGAUACACCAUGUAUAGUGCAUAGAGAUCGCAUCUCCUACUUCGAGACGUGGCCAUGGUAUUGGGCCAUCAGCAGCCAAAUGAUGGCGGCGCGGCAGUCUCCGAUGAGCGGACCGAGAGCGGCGUCGCCAUUGAAGACAAGACGGCAUUGACUUCGCACAAUGUGAGCAGCAACAGUUCAGAAGACGGGGAGCGGACCAAGUCUGGGGCUACGAAGCAAUCAAUAUGGCGCCGAGUAUACGACACCGUCUACUGGACACCGCCGCGUCUGCGAUGGGAUCCGUCUUCACCGCCCAAGUUCUCCAUGGCUCUCAACAUACUGUUCGGUUUCGCUGGAGCGUUCACCGUGGCAAAUCUGUAUUAUAAUCAUCCUAUCCUGAACAUCUUGGCUGAGGACUUCGGUGUACCUUAUGUCAAGGUGGCAAAUAUCCCAACUUUAGCGCAGGCUGGCUAUGCAACCGGUUUGUUGUUCCUCUGUCCGCUUGGCGACAUGCUAGAGAGACGACCUUUCGUGCUGACCUUGGUCUUCUUCACGGCGGCGAUGAGUAUUGGUUUGGCUGUCACGAAAUCGCUCGCCGUCUUCGAGGCAAUCCAGUUCAUCACGGCCGUAUCAACGGUAACGCCGCAGCUUAUGCUUCCUCUGGUGGGCGAUCUGGCACCACCCAAACGACGAGCCGCCGCCAUGUCAAUUGUUGUGUCUGGACUUAUGCUUGGUAUUCUGCUGGCCCGUCUGCUUUCUGGCAUCAUGACGCAGUACGUGUCCUGGAGGUACGUCUACUGGCUUUCGGUGGCCUUGCAGUUUGCCAUCUUCGUGGGACUGUGGGCUUUCAUGCCAGAUUAUCCGGCUACGAACAAGGGGGGCAUGAACUACUUUAAGAUACUCGCCUCAAUUCCAGUCAUGGUCGUGAAGCAUCCUGUACUCGUGCAAGCGUGCCUAAUCUCGCUUUUCACCAGCGCAACGUUUACGAGCUUCUGGACGGUCCUUACCUUUUUGCUUGCGGGCGCGCCAUAUCACUACGAUCCAGUCAAGAUUGGCCUCUUUGCGCUUAUUGGCAUUGCUAGCAUGAUCUGUGGGCCAAUCUACGCCCGCGUGGUCAUCGAUCGUUUCGUACCUUGGUUCUCUGUCAUCCUUGGGAUGGGUUGGUGUCUGCUUGGUAUUAGUAUUGGGACCUACACUGGCACUUUCACCGUCGCUGGACCGGUCAUACAGGCGUUUUUCGGUGACUUCGGCAUGCAAACGGCACAGAUUGCGAAUAGGUCAGCCAUCUUCGCUGUCGAGCCGAAGGGCCGAAACAGAGUCAACACAGCCUUCAUGGUUGCCACCUUCUGCGGGCAGCUUAUUGGUACCUCUGCCGGUGCGCAUCUUUAUGCCAGAGGAGGCUGGAUCGCCAGUGGCAGCUAUAGUAUGGGCAGCAUAGGCAUGGCCUUGCUGAUCACACUUGCACGUGGGCCGUGGGAAGAAGGGUGGGUGGGAUGGCAUGGCGGUCUCAGCAUUUCCAAGAAGUCCAAGAACAGCGCAGACGGCAAGGUAGAGGAGCAGCGGAACGAGCUCAGGCGAUUGGACACCAACGAGCAGGUACCUCGGCUGGCGGAUGUUGAUGUGGAGAAGGCGGAAGGGCAUAGAGAUCAACAUCCACACCACCACGGCACCGACUGCCAGGAAGAAGUAAACGCUACGGACGCAGAGAAGGCGCUCGAGAUGCGCGCAGCGGAGGAUAUCCCUUAUGGUGAAACUACUCCAAAGAACGAUGCUGCAGAGUUGAGGAAAGACGACAGAACAGAGCCGGUUGCGCCGCAAGAACCGCAAGCUUGAUUCGAGCUUUGUACCGACAUCCUGCAUUUGGCGGCAUAGCGUGGUGUUCAAGCGAUCUGAUCCAGUAUAACUUAGACUUCACGAAUGGGCGAAUCUGUGCAGUCGAUGUGUCUAGCAUGUGAUCACCUAGGCGUCAGUGCAUCCUGCAUGGCGCUGAAACAUCAUCCUUGCUGUCCACGCGAGGAGUGUAGGGCUGCAGCUCCCGUGCAGCUUCUCCGCCG